CAAGAAUUUACUACGACAUCACCAUGGAUGCAUGGACGGUGCAUGUAUCCACAUCUCCUCCCUCCCAUCUAGCAGCAGCAGGACGCCCCCACCUCCUCCUAACUAACCACGCACGAUAGUAAGGUGACAAUUACCCUGCCCCAUCCGUCGGUACCCCACUCGCCUCACCAAGCAUGCGAUGCGAAACCUAUUGGUUCUAUACAUUUGGCACUCCUCCUUUGAGCGACAUGAGCGCCAGACCUUCUUCUUGCCCUUUCUAUUCCUACUACCUUCUCUCUCCUUGGCUCUCUUCUCAUGCCCCGGCCGGCCCCCUCCUUAACUCCAUGAUAUUCAGGGCGGGGUUCCUCUUCCUCCCAACAGCUACUCACUGCUGCUGCCGCUAGACUAGCAGCUGAGCCUGAGACAUUGUUUUGUACUUCACAAAGAGCUGCUAGAUAGCCUAGGAAAUUCUGUGCCUUUCUCGAUCCACCUGGUUCUGGUUGCAUGGGCGGCGGUGGAGGCGGAGGCGGUGAAGGUGGUGUCGGUGGUGGCGCAGAGAGCGUGCGGGAGCCUCAUGGCUUUGGCAACGUUGCGUCCUUCUCCGAGUUGCCAUUCCUGCGCUCCAGCGCUCCUCCGCGAGAAAGCCCCAACUCUGGCAUUCGUCUCUUCGGCAUUGACGUCCCGCAUGCAUCACCUGAGGAAAGAAUUAAAGAAGCCACCGCUGCCAGCAGCGCGACCCCUUCUGCCACCACGCAGAGCAGCAGUGGAGCUGCCAUCACCGCUGCAAGCGCCGCCCCGGACAGCAACCGCAAGUUCGAGUGCCACUACUGCUGCAGGCAUUUCCCGACAUCACAGGCGCUCGGCGGCCACCAGAACGCGCACAAGCGCGAGCGGCAGCAUGCGAAGCGGGUGCAGAUGCAGUCAGCGAUGGCUGCGGCGGCAGCGGCUGCUGGCAGCGCGCACCACCACCACCACCUCCUUGGCUACCCGCAGCACCGCUUCAGUGCGACAUUGUACCCGUCGUGGACCACGGUGAGUGGCGGUCUCUCCUAUGGCCAGCAGUUCUACAGGGGGAUCGGGGCGGUCGGUCAGCCGAUCAACGGGAACCCUCUGCCUGAGGCGCAGUGGAGGAGGCCGCUGGCUGCGCAUGGCAACAUGGGCAUGCCGUUGGCUGGAGAGCGGCGGCCGGUCACGCUGCACAUGUUCGGAGAAGAGCAGAGAGCUUCCCCUUCUCAUGGGGCGGCCUCCCCCUCCUCUUCCUCUUUACUGCUCUCCCCGCAAGGUCAGUCUGCUUGCGAGCAGCCAGCCACCACCGCAGCACCCGAGGGUGUGAGCUUAGAUUUGCAUCUAUAAGUGGCUUCUCCGUUGUUUUUAGUAGAUUAUUAUUACUCCGAGAACUGAUUUCCCAAUCUUUUUCUUUGGUUGAAACUACCCUUUUACUGCAUUCGGAUCGUACCUGGCUGAUAUUACCUUUUUCCA